AUGCUGAGCGAGAUCAAAGAGGAGCAGGAGAGGGCUGGGGGAUGCACUUCCGAUUUGCUGGCGGCACACGCGUUCCUGUCUUGGUCCUCGUCCUCAAUGGAAACAUCUGUUCCCCGGCCCAAGGAUUCCAGCGAUAAAUGGAGGAAGCCGCCUCAGCUGCUCCUGCUAAGUGGGGCACCGUCACAAGGCAGACGCCCCAAAAAUAGACCGCUCAGCCGAGAGUGCGAGCAGGAGGUGGAGGAGGAGGAGGAGGAGGAGGAGAUGCCGCCCAGUACCGUUCUGCAAAUGCCGCCAGCUCCGUCCGGCUCCUCGUCGAAAUCCGGACUGGUGCUGGGCGUCUGCUGUGACCAGCUGAUGGCGGUGCAGCCAGUGCAGCGGGCAUCCUUAGCAGCAGCCUCAGCAUCCAAGUGUGUCUCCCCGGACUGGGGGAAUCACAAGGCGAAGCAUCUUGAGGGGGCUGCCACGACUUCCAAGUGGACUUCGCCCUUUUUCAUUAUCGUGGCCUCGCUCUUGGAGAUACUUGUCUUUCUUUGUGUGGGUAAUGAUCCCCUGGAGGAUUCUGUGCUGGUGUAUCGUCCUGACCAGCGCCUGCAGCUCUGGAGAUUCCUCAGCUAUGCCCUGCUCCACGCCAGCUGGCUUCACCUGGGCUACAAUGUGCUCACCCAGCUGCUUUUUGGAGUGCCUCUGGAGUUGGUUCAUGGAUCUGUGAGGACGGGAGUGAUUUACACGGCCGGAGUUCUGGCGGGAUCCUUGGGAACUUCGGUGGUGGACUCGGAGGUCUAUCUGGUGGGUGCCAGUGGCGGAGUCUACGCCUUGCUGGCCGCUCAACUGGCGAGUCUUCUGCUCAACUUUGGUCAGAUGCGACAUGGAGUUCUCCAGCUAAUGGCUGUGGUUGUCUUUGUCUUCUGCGAUCUGGGUUAUGCCCUUUACUCCCGAGAACUGGCCAUGCAGCAGACACGACCAUCCGUCUCCUAUAUCGCCCACAUGACCGGAGCCCUGGCUGGGAUCAGCGUUGGUCUGCUGCUCCUCCGUCAGUUGGAUGGGGGACUGCGUCCACGCCCUCUUCGUUGGCUGGCUUUGGGUGUAUGGUGCGUAUUCAGCGCCUUCGGAAUCGCCUUCAACCUGAUCAACACGGUCACGGCCCAACUGCUGGCCGAGGAGGAGGGUCAGGUGAUCAGGCAGCACUUGAUGAAGGACCUCGGAAUGGGAUGAUCCGAGGCAGGAGCCAAAGACUGCACCCCGCUCACAUGUCUCCUCUUAUGCCUUAGUCUAGUCACUAGUCGGUAAGACCUUCCCCAGGACAGCGUGCUCAAAUGACAUAUCUAUCGGAUACCCAUACCCUGUAAUCCCGGCGGGAUCGCUCAAAAUACUCUUAGCUCGUAGGACCCAACUUUUAUCUUAUGCCAAUGCCAAAGGAGCGGAGAACGGAGAGGGCCUUUCAAGAACUGAGCCUGGCUCACCUCAAAGACUUAGGAUCGGGUUUGGGCUGCUAUCUGAUCGACGGACUCCUCCAUUGAGUCGCCUACUUAGUUUUAAUGCCAAACCGGAGCUUAAAGACCUAACAUAUAUCCAAAUAUACUAACUUAAUAAAUUACUAAACCAAAGA